GUGCUGCGAGUCCGACCGCCUCGCAGUCAGUCUCCGCGAACGCGUCCCAUCGGCCUGGUGCCAUCCACGAACGAACAAGCCGUACUUGCUUCAUUACUGCUACCUGAUCAACUCCACGUCCUGGUAACGACCUUGAAGCCCAUCUACGCUCAACAUGUCGAAAGGCUGGUUCAACCUCGAUGCCGUCGGCGGCACCAUCCCCGAGACGCAGUUCUUCGAGGGCGAGUCUGCGUUCAAGUUUAUGGGCCUGUCGAGGACGCAGCGGCUCUAUGGCUUUGGUGGAUGUCUGGCGGUCGGGUUCAUCCUCAGUAUACUGGGUGCCAUCGUCCUCUUCUUCGGUGAUAUUACGACCUUUGCGAUCCUGUAUGUGCUGGGUACAGUAGUGUCCCUCGUCGGCACGGGGUUCCUGAUAGGUUUUUUCAAACAAAUUAAGCUCAUGUUCAAGCCAAUUCGAGUCGUCGCGACCGUGGUCUUCCUGCUCUCAAUAGUUCUCGUGCUCGUCGGGGCAUUUGUCAUUGGCAGCGACGUUCUCUGUCUAGUCUUCGUGUUCAUCGAGUACAUCGCCUUCACAUGGUACACGCUCUCCUACAUCCCCUACGCACGCUCGGCCAUCCUGAAGGUGUUCGGGAUGUAAUGUGGAGCCGGCCGCUCGACACCUACUACGUUCUCGUAAUCACAUCCGCCAGGGAAGCACUUCGUUCGAUG